CAGCAAAAAAGUGAACACUCACAAGACAAAGCAAGGUUCCAACCUUUUCUAUGUCUAUUCUCAAUCACUAGUUUAAGUUUCCUAAACAAAACAUACAAUAAUAAAAACAAAAUCAACCCAAAACAUCAUAUAAUUUCCUCACAAAAAUUAACUAUUUUUGAUCUCUAAAAUUAAACAUCUUCCACAACAAAAAAACUCAACUAUGAAACCUUCAACAAAUGACACAACCAUAGACAUUGAUCAUAAUUCAUCUUCCAAAAGAGUAUCUUUCUCUGAAAACAAUCAUCAAAAUGGAGAACAACAACAACAUCAACAUCAACACAAUGUUCCUUUGUUACUUCAACCAUCAUAUGCAAGAUCAAAAUCCAUGAUCUUUGAUGAACUAAGACACUUUCGGAUAUGUCUUAAAUGGUGUGCUCUUGAUCACUCAUCGUGUGUUGGAAAACUCACUUCUUAUGUAACCUUCAUCUUCCUCACUUUCAUCGUCCCUCUUUUCACAACCCUUUUUGUUCAAGUCUCUACUUCUUCCCCUCAAGAUGAUCCCAUUUCCUUGAACAAGCUUGUUCAAAUACCUGAAUCUGCACUUGCCAUCAUUUCCUUCUUCACUCUCUCCCGUUUCUUCCGAAGGUACGGCCUAAGACAACUUCUAUUUUUAGAUGCACUUCAAGAUGACACUACAUACGUUCGUCGUGGCUACGCGUGCGAGCUAGAGAAAGCAUUCAGAUUCUUAACAUACAUAAUCUUACCCUCUUUCUUUGUAGAACUUGUCCACAAAAUCAUAUUUUUCUCAGCAGUUAAGAUUUCAGCACCACAUAUUAGUGCUGGAUUUCCACUAAACUCAAUUGUGUUUGUGUUAACUUUAGUUUCUUGGUUGUAUAGAACAGGAGUGUACUUAUUGGUAUGUGUGAUUUUUAGACUAACUUGUCAACUUCAAAUAUUAAGAUUUGAAGGUGUUCACAAACUUUUUGAAGGGUUUGGAUCUGAAGCUGGUGUUAUAUUUAAAGAACAUGUGAGAAUUAGAAGACAAUUAUGGAUUAUAAGUCAUAGGUAUAGGUUUUUUAUAAUUUGUUGUGUGGUUACCAUGAGUGUUAGUCAAUUGGGUGCUUUAUUGCUAGUUUUGGCUUCCAAGACAGAGAAGAGUUUCUUCAAUUCUGGUGAUCUUGUGAUAUGUUCAGCUGUCCAAUUGAGUGGCUUCUUCUUGUGCAUCUUAGGUGCAGCAAAAAUCACACAUAGAGCUCAAGGAAUUGUUUCAAUUGCAACAAGAUGGCACAUGUUGGUGACUAAUGCUUUUGCUGAAUCAGAGCAAUGCAAAGAUCAAAUGUCUGAUGCACUUGCUAGUGAUAGUAGUGACUCUGAUUCCUCAGAUAUACACAUAUCAAUAAUCCCACAAAGACUCUCUUCCUUCCAUACUAGACAAUCUUUAGUGACAUAUCUACAACAUAACCAUGGGGGAAUAACAUUGUAUGGUUUUGCACUUGAUAGAGGAAUGCUUCAUACUCUAUUUGCCUUUGAGUUCUCUAUAGUACUAUGGAUUCUAAGUAAGGUGGUUGUCUUGGAAUAAAAUAUUCAACUCUAGAGAAAGAAGAAAAAAAGAAGCCUUGCAUAUCAAGUUAUCAACCAUAUGGAAUGUGUAUCAUUAAUUAAUAUCUCAUAUGGCUGGUUGAGUACCCUUUUUGUGUGUAAUUAUACUUUUGUCUCAAAUUUGUAUGUAGACUGUAGUUAGUGAACCGAAGCUUUCUUAGAGAAUUGCUACUUUACAACUUUAUAAAAUAGGAAAAUUGAAUAAAUCGGUUCACCUUUUACUUAGUAUAAAAAGAAACGUGAGCUUAUAGAGAGGAGUGUAAUUUCAUUUCUUUUGCAAAGAUAAGUUAAUUUUUGUAA